GCUCAAGUCCAAAACACACACCGUCGUCGACAGUGGGAGGAAGUCACGAGUUUCAGGUGUUUUUUAUGACUCAUAAUCCAAACGUAACGCAACAAAGGACCUUCUAACAGGGACAUGAAACCUUCUGGAACCUUACCACGUCACAAGGCUGCGAUGUUUGUCCUAUUGGGUGCGUCGUUUCGAUUCCUCAUCAUGCAACUUCCUUACAUGUCGACAUCGCGUCUUUAAGACGAUCGCCAGUGUUCUAAGCAGCACAGAUGGCGUCUUCGGAGAGCCACCAGGCCGAUGAGUUGACGAUCCCGAAGGAGAGUCUCCCGUUGUUGGAGCAAGCCUUGCCCAGAGUGCAGAGGACGCACGGAGUGAGGGUGAGCCUGUUGCCCACCACCCCCGAACUGUCCCAGCAGUGGGUCCGCCUGGAGGGGCCGGCCGCGGGGCGGAACAAGGCCAAGGAUUACAUCAAGGCCCUGUGCAGCCCUGAUGUGGGGAUGGACGUGAGCUACUCCCAGCCGCUGCACUGCAUCUGGGCUGGGGCAGGGGGUGCUUGGCACCGCGCCGUGGAGAACCUGUCGGGCGCCGCCGUCACGGUGACGGAGGUCGGGACGCUGCACGUCAGUGGGACGGAUCUGCAGGUGAUGAUGGCCAUCUCCACACUAGAGAACCUGCAGUCUGUCUACAGGGGCAGUGAGAAGGCAGCCGCCACCAGGGAGAGCCUGGACCAGGACCGCAGGUUCAGACGGCUGCUGCAGACCAUCGGUGACGGGUCGGCCUGUGAUGAACAGCUACAGGACCUGCCGUCUGCUGUGAAACAGCUGCUGAUGGAGUGGAUCGAGGAGGACGCGGGAGACACUUCCUUGUCACGAGAUCUGGAUCUGGACGAGGACGAGUCUUCAGAUGAUUCCUUCGAGCUCAUAGAAGAUGUAGUGCCGAUGAAAAGCAGUUCAAAGGAUCAACCAGAGACAGAUGCUGCUGACAAAGAUGAUGCAGCCCAUACAGGUAUCGCUUCUUUCACCAGUGGCACACGAGAGUCGGACACGAGAGAUGAUCAGACAAGCGACGUUCCCUCAGAAGCUGAUUCUUUCCUACUUUGUGCUACAUCAACGUUGUCUAGUUCAAGAGCUGAAGCUGCAGGCAGUUCCAGUCAUUGCAAGACUGCGUCUCGCCAUGACCAGAAAAAUACAGACAACGUCAGAUUCCUGAAAAACUUUGCUGCCCGCCUUCAGAUCUCUGAAGACUUGGUCGAUCGUGCCAUUUUGCACUUAGGCACGGAGGUGGACAUUAACACCCUGCUAGAUUACGUAGAGAGAAUUCAGACCAGUGAGCCAGAUCAAAAUGACGAUGAUGAUUCAAUGGAAAUAGCAGAUGACAAGCAGCAAAAGAGACAGGCCAGCAGUGAUGAUGACAUUGUUGAGAUUCCAGUUGGCAGCAGCAACAGGCCUGUGACGAAAACCAUUCCAGAAAGGCAAACUACGUCGCGAAACACGCCUAAAGUGAACAGAACGGAAAAUGCAGCAGACGUUUCCAUCAACAAGGGUUUUCGUUACGACAAGCCUCCCAACCAGGAAAACAUCAGAUUGUUGAAGAAGUUUGCAGAAGAUUUCGAGAUACCCGAGCACCUCGUGGAUCGCGCUAUCGCAGAUUUAGGGUCCGAAGUGGAUGUAAACACCAUGCUGGACCACAUCGCGACGAUAAAUUCUGGACAAGAUGUUGUCGUCAUGGAAACCGGAGACGACAAAGAGGAAACUACAGGCAGUGGUGAUGAUGAUGAUGUUACUGAAGUAGAGAACAGCAGAAGGACCACAGAAGAAAGCGGAGAAAAAAGUGAUGGCCUCAUUUCCUCGUGUAAGAUAUGUAGAGACCUCGGGUACACUGAUGAAGAAAUUGCAAUGGCAGUGAGUAGAGUUGGAGAAGAGGCAAGUCUGCCUGCGCUGCUACAGGAGGUCAGAAACAUCAACAGAGAAAAACAGAAAAAGGAGAGAGCGAAACCUGAGGAGUCAAACUAUAAAGCAGGAGAAACUGUUGUUUUGCCUCCGACAAGGAAAAUCUUUCCAGCCGGCAAUGCUGCUAAUAACAGGUCAGCGGAUGUGAUGUUGAGACCGCAGGCUCCACAGACCAUACCUACUGUGGGCUACGUUCCUCUGUUAGGACGUAACCCUUACCCAAACCAGGCGGUUGUCAGACCGGUACCUGUUAUCCUCCUGCCUACACCCCAACAGGCCAUGGUCCGACCCUACCACAGCCUGGCUGCUGAGGUUCAGGCCGCCCAAAACCGACAAUUUCAUCAUGCCAGGAACAGGACUCCUCCAAGUGCUAGUCAGAGCUCUGCUGCUGGAACUGGAAAUUCCUUUAAAGUUGGGAGCCCUCCUAAGAAGCAAAAUAAACAGUUCCAGGACCAGUCUGUUGUUCGGGAACAGGCAGUUGUACCUAACCUGGUGGAGAAAGUCCAGAAGAUGGGAGAGUAUAAGCUGGACCUGCCAGAUGGUCCAGGGGAUGACAGCCUACGGCCUGUGGUCAUCGAUGGCAGUAAUGUUGCUAUGAGCCAUGGUAAAAGGAACUUCUCCAGCCGUGGCAUUGCCCUCUGCGUGGAAUACUUCUGGAAGCGAGGCCACCGGGACAUCACGGUUUUCGUGCCCAACUUCCGGAAGGGCGCGUCCACGGAGUCGUACCUGCUGAUUGAGCUGGAGGAGAAGGGUCUGCUGUCCUUCACACCCUCCAGGAGGAUCAAGGGGAGGACUGUCGCCUCUUAUGAUGACAGGUACAUUGUACGGUUGGCAGCAGAGAAGGGAGGGGUGAUCGUGUCCAAUGACAAUUACAGGGACUUACUGGAUGAGUCCGAGGCUUGGAGGGACGUCAUAGAGAACAGGUUGUUGCUGUUCACGUUUGUUGGUGACCGUUUCAUGCCCCCCGAUGACCCCUUCGGCAGAAAUGGGCCAAGUCUAGAUGACCUGUUAAGAAAACAGUCACAAAAGCCACACAGGGGCCACAAUGUCCCACCACAGGGGCCCAAGGCUGGCUAUCCAGGUGUCGGGAAUGAACCCCUGCUGCCAGGUGCUGCAGCUGCAGCUGCUCCCAUCAGUCAGGCACAGGUGCAGCUGUUCCAGCAGCUCAUGCAGGUGUUCCCAGGUCAGGAGGAUAAGAUCCGGCGUGUCCUGCAGUCGAACCCGGAGAUGGCUGACCUGAACGCUGUGAGCGCCAUGGUGCUCGAUGUGGACUUAUGACCGCUCAAUCUUUUCCUGACCACGAGGAAAGUUUCUGUAGCUGAAGGAAGCACGCCAGCAAAAUCCAGAACGUAAAGUGCAUGUUCAUCCUAUUUUUAGACAUGACACUGUCACGGUUAAUGUUCUCUGUUAAACAUGUGACAGUUCAUGAUUUUUAAGUCCGAUGUUUGUUAGUCAAUUUGUUACUAUGUGAAUGUUUUUCUUUUACUUUCCUAGACUGUACAGAAAAUAGAGCUAGUACGUAUACAGACCAUUCAGCCAGUUCAGUCACUUGUUGAAAAGUUGUGUAUUUUUUGCUAGCAUCAUCUGAUAGUUUUUUUCCAGAGAAAAGAGCACAGGCAGCAAAAAAUUGUGCUCAGAAUUUACUGAAAGCAGUUGUUCAUUGUUCAUGUAUGUAUAUGUUGGCUCUAUUUGCUACAGGCUGGUCUGGGAUUUAAGAAUUUUAUACGGUUAAGAAAAGUCUACAAAAGAUGUACAUGAUUAUGUAACUCUAUUCACAACAGACAUCUAGCAAUGUGAAUCUGACAUGUUAACAAUGUCUUUCUUGCUACUUCUUAG